AUGGAAUUUGUCGAUCCACUGAAGCUUGAAGAGACGUCGCUGGAGGGAUCCACCCCCAUGGGCUUCCUUAUUAAUAGCAGCUACGAAGGAGAAGCCAAUAUUACCAACAUGACCUUCUCCCCCUAUUACCAGCACACUGCGUUCGUGGCCGCCGGCUACAUUCUGGCCUAUACAUUCAUUUUCCUGCUGUGCAUGGUGGGAAACAUGCUGGUGUGUCUGAUAAUGCUGGAAAACCGUCGGAUGCGCACAGUCACCAACCUCUUCAUCCUGAAUCUGGCUGUGAGCGACCUGUUGGUGGGAAUCUUCUGCAUCCCCACCACCCUUGUCGACGGCCUUAUCACAGGUUGGCCCUUCUCCAGCAUGGUUUGCAAGAUGAGCGGCUUCAUACAAGGUGUUUCGGUGUCUGCGUCUGUCUUCACCCUGGUGGCAAUUGCUGUAGAAAGGUUUCGUUGCAUCGUCUUUCCUCUGAAGCCCAAGCCCAGCAUAUCUGUUGCCAAGGCCUCCAUUCUGCUAAUUUGGAUCCUGGCGAUUGUGAUCAUGUGUCCGGCUGCGUCAGCUCUGACUGUGGAGGAGGUCCCGUUCCACCGGUUGCUGCUUAAGGACCGCAACCAGACGUUCCCUCUCUACACUUGCUACGAAGACUUUUCCAAACCAGCGAUGCGAAGAGUCUACACCGCCGUUCUGUUCGCCAACAUCUACAUGGUGCCCCUGACCUUGAUCACGGUGAUGUACGGCAGCAUCGGCGUCAAACUAUACACAUCGGUGGUCGGGAACAGAGUGCGUCAGCUGCCCGACAACAGAGACCAGGCGCGUGUCCGACAGGGUGGUCAGCCCCUGAUACCCCAAAGGAAGAUAAGGGUGAUUAAGAUGUUGAUCCUGGUUACGCUACUGUUCAUGAUAUCAUGGCUACCCCUGUGGACCCUGAUGAUGAUGACGGACUACGCAGGUUUGGACCGGGAACAAGUUGAUCUUUUGAUCACCUACUUCUUCCCAUUCGCCCACUGGCUGGCGUUUUCAAACUCCAGCGUCAACCCCAUUAUCUACGGCUACUUCAACGAGAACUUCAAGAGGGGUUUCCAGGUGGCGUUUAAGGCCCGGAAUCUGGACUGCGUGACGUGCUGUAAUUUGUGGCAGAGGAUUCGGAGGUUGGGCCGGAAAGGGAGAACAAUACAAGUCCAGCAGGAUGACACCAACGCGAGAGGGCCGUCCAAUCAUCGCGACAUUCUUUUGCUAGGGAUGCAAAGACAGGGUAAUGAUGAAACGGCGGAGCCACAAACGCCCAACCUUAAUUUAGGGGCCAGACUGGGCCACGCAGCAAUCCAGCCAUGCCCCCAUGACGCACCUGGUCAAGGGGUCAAAACAGUGAUGCUGUCUCAGAAAACAAGUAGCGGGGAGGAGUCUGGAAGGGUUAGUCCACGUUUUCAUGCCUGGAAUAACUGACUCAUGCACUGUAGAUGGGAUCAGGAAAGCUAGUCAAUAGGGGGGAGUGUUUAUCUACCGUUACAAGCACUACACAGAAUACGGGAAGAAGAAAUCAGAAGUGCGUUACUGA